AUGCAGGAGGCUCCUCAGCUGGCUGCACAUGUGGAACACGAGGCGCAGAGACUCAUUGGUCGCUUCACAGAAACACUGCAGAAUCGUAUGGACCGGGCAGAAGAGGAUCAAAGGAUUAAUCUGGAAUUGAUGAAACCACCACUGACCAUGUCGGAGAACUGCCGUCUUCACGCUUGGAAGAAUGCUGUUUCGGAAGUGGAGCGCAAUAUCCUACUAUUAUUUUGCGAACAAGCCAAGCCCAAAGAUGCCGAAGAGGACAAAGACGAUGCUGGCGGGAACUAUCCCAAGUCGACCUCGAAAGCUGGCGCUGUCGCCAACGACCUUACCGACUGGUUGGUGAAGCGCGAGGUUUACAAUUCAGUUCGGAGUCUCACGGACAUGAAGGUCACCGUGCCGUUCACACCUGGUCAUUUGAUCCGCUCUGUUACUGAUCAGCUGGCAAAGGAGAUGAAGCUCAUAUAUGGCCGACCUUUAAAGGACAGGAUGAUACAUUUGGUUACUCUGGAUAACAUGACCGUCACCUCUACCAUUGAUUUCGACAAGUGGAUAUCUGGAAAAGAGCCCGACUUUCUCUUCAAAUACUGUAUCGCCGACGUUACCCCUCAAGGUCUUACAAGUCGUCAACGGAGGAAAGAAGGACACCGAGCCGCCGUCAAACUGUUAUCUUUGGAUCAGAUUCGGAAUCACUUGGAUGUUGCCAAGAACGAAUGGCUCGACCCCGUUACCCAUGCCAAGAAGAGAUAUGUUUUUAGAGGAUCUGUCAAGACUGAUGGCUUCCGCAUUCAGAUUCUUGCAUUCAAGCUCCGAGAGCUUCAAUAUGUCCGUUACCGAAGGCUGGACGACAACCGCUUGCCACUAAGAUUGACGUCAACCGUUGGAGGGGUGGACUACUACCUCCAAGAGAUCAGGGAUGUCAUCACCAGCAAGGAGGAUGUGGCGAGACUAUGGCCUGGAGUUCAACCGGAGGAGAUCAAGACAUUGACUUUGGAUCGAGGGCAAACAUCUAUUGUUGGUGCCUUUGCAGAUAUCCCGAGGACUCGCGAGCGAAUGGAAAUGGCAAGGAGACUAACAGGACACAUCCAACCAUGGAAGGGAUCACACCACUUCCGUGGAACCGACAGUAUCCUCGACAUCCUCAACCCCUCUUCCUGUCCCCAUCACAGCUUCCAUCCCAGAUCUACAAUCAACAAACUCCCCAAUGGUGUCGUCAAGGACGGUGUUUCACAAUAUGGCAGUCAAACAAAGGCAGUGUAUCAACCAACAUUCCGGCUCCAUCGGUGGCUCGAGGACGAAAAGCAGGCUACACAAGAGGGAAAACAGGAAACAAUCGCGGAAAUUGGGGGCCGUCUGCUCCCUCUCAAAGGACAAGUCGCGAGUGUGGUCGGCUAUGUUGCAGAACUGAAGAAGUGCCACAAGUGGGACAUGAAGCGAGUUCGUCACUACGAAUACCAGUUGAUCGCUGAUCGUCUUCUAGGGAUCGUCGGCGGAAGCGUUGGACGUCCCCGAGAAUCUUCGAAUCCUGUGUUGAUUGGAGUGGGCCUGGCCAAGUUCUCGACUAGGAGUGGACUCUCGUCCCUGGAUUCAAACGUCUUGUCCUAUCUCAUCAAACUGGUGCAGUCCUUGGAGUAUCUGGUUGUUGGCUUGAACGAAUAUUAUACCAGGAAGAAGUGCCCUCGAUGUGGGCUCUUCGUCGCCCAGGUCGCCCUCCGCCCCUUCUACUGCCCCGAGUACCAUGUGUACCAUCAUCGCGAAGUUAUGGGAGCCGAGAAUAUGGCGAACAUUGAGCGAGGUUGUCUGGAAAAACAAGAACGGCCGGAGUAUCUACACUCCGCAGCCGCUGACGACUCUCUCCCAUGGAUGGCAAAAGCCGGUGCUGGACCCGCUACAAGUUCCACCACCUCCAGUAGCAACACCACCGCCGCCAUCAACGGACCAAAGGGAUCGCGCAAGAGGGCAGCGUCGACCUCCAGCUCAAGUCGAGGUCGCCGUGGGAAGGCGGUUCGAGAGGAUAAAUAG